UUGAAGAUAAACUAUACGUAUAGGUUAUAGAGAGGGAAAAAAUGUUCUUUUCACGGUAAACUUCUGUGGCUGUUAGUUGCCACAGUGAUAUCGACUUGAAAGCGCCCAUCUUUUCAUGUUUAUUGACACUGAUAGUUGAUAUAUCACUUGGCUUGUUCAUGUCCUUUUUUGACCCUCUAUUUCUCUCCUCUGGUUGCUUCAUCAUUGUCAAGCACUGUGUUGAAGUAGAACUAAAGCUAAGCCAAAGACACAGACCACCCCUUAAAAGAGAGAAGAAAAAACACCAUACAGAAAACAAUGGGGUCUCUUGGAGCUGAAACUGCAAUGAAGAAAGCAAUGUGGCUCUAUCCUAAAGUCUCAGGUUUUAAUCCUUCUGAGAGAUGGGGGCACUCUUCCUGCUAUUCUAAUGGGGUUGUAUAUGUUUUUGGGGGGUGUUGCGGAGGUCUACAUUUCAGUGAUGUUCUCAUGGUAAAUCUCAACACAAUGGUUUGGAAGACUCUUGAGACCACAGGGCAGGGUCCUGGUCCUAGAGACAGCCACAGUGCUGUUCUUGUAGGGACUAAAAUGAUGGUGUUUGGGGGCACUAAUGGUUCUAAGAAGGUAAAUGAUCUUCAUGUAUUGGAUAUUGCAUCCAAAGAGUGGAUACGAGCUGAAUGCGAUGGUGUUGCACCUUCUCCUCGCGAAAGUCAUACUGCCACGCUUAUUGGUGAAGAUAAGGUAGUGAUUUUCGGAGGAAGUGGGGAAGGUGAAGGAAAUUACUUGAAUGAUUUGCAUGUUCUGGACCUUAGGACUAUGAGAUGGACUUCACCUCAGGUGAGAGGUCAUAUCCCUGUCCCUAGAGACAGUCACAGUGCUGUUGCAAUAGGGAACAAACUCAUUGUGUAUGGUGGGGACUGUGGUGAUCGAUAUCAUGGAGAUAUUGAGAUGUUUGACAUGGACACUUCAACUUGGUCAAGGCUGGCUGUUCAAGGCUGUUUACCAGGUGUUAGAGCUGGUCAUGCUGCUGUGAAUAUUGGAACGAAGGUUUUCAUUAUUGGAGGGGUUGGAGAUAAACACUACUACAAUGAUGUUUGGGUCCUAGAUGUCAGUGCUUGUUAUUGGGGUCAGCUUGAUAUAUGCGGCCAAAAGCCUCAAGGGCGGUUUUCUCAUACUGCUGUUUUCACAGAGUCAGAUAUUGCUAUCUAUGGAGGGUGUGGGGAGGAUGAGCGUCCAAUCAAUGAGUUGCUGGUUUUACAACUUGGAACACAGCAUCCAAAUGGUCGUUAUAACAUUACCAUUUGCAAAACUUUUGGAAGCCAGUGGAACCAAGAAAAGAGAAGAUUCCUAAGAGUAGCACCAAAUAACUUGCUUGAUGUUUCAGAUAUGUUUAGAUUCAUGUUUUCAUUACUAUUAGAUACUUCAAACCCAAAGAGGAGAAGAUCUUCCAAUUCAAGGGCAUGGGUGGUUGAAUCAGAGCAAGAAGAACAUUCCCUUUCACUGUCGCAGCAUUCAUCUCCUUCACAAUCUGAUCAAGAACAAGCCCCAGCACAAAAGCCUGCAGAUUCCACAGGGUCUCAAGGACUUAACCUGUUUAAGCAGUUCAAUCAUGUUCCAAGCAAUUAUCAGCCUACCAAUGUUCCAAAUAACCAUCAGGAGACCAGAUAUAUGGUCCACAAAACUCAACAAGAUUUGCAGUUCAUAAGACAACAUCAAAAACCAGAACAAUAUCUUCAUGUUCUUGGUGCUGAAGUUCGUGGUAAUGUUGAUGGAGCCUUCGACUCAGGUUUCCUGGUGACAGCAACUAUUAAUGGGAAGAUAUUCAGAGGGGUCUUAUUUGCACCUGGGCCAGGGAUCAUCUCGAGAGGGCCAAUGCUUGGUCAAAGUCCUGCAUCAACAAGCCAGAUUGCUGCUGCUCAGCCAUUUCUGAGCUCAAGCAAUUCAGAAUCCUUCAAGCCCACACAACAACUAACAAUGCCAGAUUCCAAUCACAGCUCUCGACAAGCUCAAGUAAAUCGACCACAUUUGGUUACUAGGGCUACUUCAUCUGCAGCAAAAGAUCCAAAGCUAAGAAGUGAUCUUCGAGAUGUAGUUCUAACACUAGGAACCGGAAGUGGCCAUGCCUGACAUUAUAUAGAAAUCCUGCUUGUUGGCAUCAAAUGAUAGCCCCUCUUUUCUCUUUGCUUUAUGAUGUAAAUGUUUAUAUGUAAAUAUUUUCCCUUUUUUUCUUCUUUAGUCAUUUAUGAUUAAGGUGACUUUGUUUGAGCAUCAGUUCCUUUUUUCAGCUUUUUGCAUGUAUCCUUGGCCUAAACGGUCAAUAGGUAAUGUAAGAGCGAAGCGAUUUCUUCCUUUUUAAUCGCAGUUCACCGACAUGUGAAA